UACGCAUGCAUGUCAAUGGGGAUUCUAAUGACCUGUUAAACGAGCACUAUUUACAUGUGAUAGCGCCUGUGGUCCAGUGGUAGAGCGUCGGCUAAUUAACGCAUUAGCAGAGCCGGUGAGCUGUCGAAGCGCGUUCGAGUCCCCACAGCGCUAAUUGGAUCUGAAAAAGUACGCCCGGUGAAGUGCACUACUACCCUCGAUCGUUUCCAGUAAAUCUACAGGGCUUGACACCAGCAUUGCUCUCCCGGCCAAGACAGCCCCAUUCACUUCUGGAGGAUGACGACAUUGUUCAGGUCGUAUCCGUGAGGUAGCCGUUUCUAGAAGGUUGUACCUAUAUAAGAGCAUGCCAUGGCCUCUUACUACGAUCAGACCUGCGAGUUAUGUACUGCCCAAAGUGGACAAAUUACCAAUCGUGAAAACAUCGACUGUUCUGCUUGCUUCAAACACUGUUUCCAGGAUUCAAGAACCGUUCCCAUGCAUCAGUCAAGACCUUCGACUGUGACAAGUUCUGGACAUUCGUCUACCCACUGGAAGCGCCGAGAAUAAUGUAGAGUCUGCCGAAAGUUGAUAACUGUAAACAAGACAAGCUCCUCACAGCGGAGCUCUCUGUGCAGGGAGAGUAACGUAGGUGUCAAGCGCUGCGACGGACUUUGGACUAACAAGUGGUCAGCAGAGAAAGGUCUCUCAUAUUUCUUCAAGAUGGCUCCAGAACAGAUACCAAUGAUUGAAACAGGACAGGAUGUUGCCAAGCAAAGAGCGAACGAAACAGAGGACCAGGAAGAAACUAUUUGCACAAGCUGGAGAGACAAGAUUUACAGGAACAAGUUCAUCUACACCGUCUACCUGGCCAUAGCGUUCGGAAUGUUGGGUGUGUGUAUCGGACAGAGAGGACCCUCCUUCCUUGACCUUCAGAUAAUCACCGACACGGACGUGGAGCGGGGAUCUGCGUUCUUUACGUUAUUGUCCGCCGGCUAUCUUUUCGGGUCUCUCGCCAGUGGCUUGGUGUACGACAAGUUCAACAAGGUGCUCACGAUGUUCUUCUUGGGGCUCGGCUUGGGCAUCAGCACAGGGAUUCUGCCGUUCUGUUCACUCUAUGGCUUAAUGGUGGCCAUCCAUCUCAUCACAGGGGCAUUCAUGGGCGGAGUCGACACAUGUGGGAAUGCAGAGCUGGUUCGUACAUGGGGGAGCAAUGGACGCUCGGCCAUGCAAACAGCUCAUUUUGCAUUUGCCUUUGGUGGAGUUAUCUCCCCUCUUAUGACCAAGCCCUUCCUGUCGCCAUUACCAGAUGUGAUCAACGCUACAACAGCUCCACCCAAUGUUGGGUUCAGCGGGAUGAAUAUCACAGUCACCUCAGCUUAUAUAUCCUCCAAUUCAACUUUGACCCCAAUUGAAGAGAAACAAACAACAAUAGUAUUUUAUGCUUAUUUAAUUUCUGCAGUAUUGACAACAUUCUUUGCUUUUCCAUUUUUGAUAACAUAUUGUCGUGAAAAAUCUCAGAUGAAGAAGCGAACUGCAGGGGAGGCCACUCCGGAACCCCCAAACAUGUCACGUGCUGUGUUCAUCUUUACGAUAGGAAUGAUAUGUGUAACCUACAUGCUGUACUGUGCUGUCGAGGACAGCUUCGCAGCAUACCUGAUGACCUUUGUCGUCAAGCAUCUACACUGGAGCAAGUCUAGAGGAACGGAAUUAACAUCAGUAUAUUGGGCAUCCUUUGCUGGGGGAAGAUUUCUAGGGAUCUUCUUUGUAAAAUUUCUCGCUCCAGUGAAGUUGCUAUUUAUAUGCUGCACUUCUUUAAUAGCGUCUCUAGUCGCUUUUCUUGUUUUUGCGCAGUACGAUAUACCUGUAGGCAUUUGGAUCAGUUCGGUCACAACUGGACUGUCAAUGUCCGUUUUCUUCCCAACAGGGUUGACUUGGACGGAGGAGGAGUUGUUAAAUAUGUCCGGGAGAGUUGCAUCCGCUAUUUUGAUAGCUUCAUCUUUGGGGACGACGGUUAACCCCAUAAUUCUGGGGUAUCUUAUGGAUGAACACAGUCUCAUGUGGUAUGCGUAUCUCCUCACGGCAGAAAGUAUAGCAUGUCUCCUCAUGUUCCUCAUCCUUCUCAUCUACGCUCACACGCUCCUGAAAAAGAGGAAACACGGCACUGAUAUAACAAUAGAGGUAAAAGCCAAUGGUUUCUCGUCACAGGAUGAAGAAAGGUUUCUGUGAUCUGGUCAAAACUGGACAAGCUGUCUAGUUAUGCAAGACUCAUUGCCACUGCUGUUUUUUUAUCUAUACCAUAUUUACCAUGAUAAGUAUUCCGGGCACUUAAGACAAUUGGCAAAGGGGAGCGCUUAUUAAAACCGGACAAGUGUUAAAUUUUUUUUCAGAGAUCAAGCGAUGAAACUAAAACGUUUUCUAUAAUCAUUACUGGGCAAUUAUAUACCCAUUUUCUGUGCUGCUCUCUAAAUAAUAUACACAAGAAAAUAUGGACUAUAGUCUUAUACUGGUGCUUUUACAAAUUACUUACAGAUUGUUUACAAGUUGGUCACCGAGUGACUAUUGAAAUAUCGGAAAUUGAAAACGAAGAAGGGGGAUCCUUGGGGUUGCCAUGGUAAUGGAAUCUAAGGACCCCUUGCAUUUGUAACAUCAGGAUGUAACAGGGACUACUUAUUUCGAAUUUCAUUCUUAUUUUUCAACAAGGGAAGCCCAUACGCAAUAGGCAGUGUCCAAUAUUUAGUCAAGGACGUUCAUCAACCAUUACCCCAUUCUGUAGAAAUUCUUCUCUUUGAAGUGGCGGUUACUAAUGGAUAUUAUCAUAACCAAGACGUUGGAUUUGCUCACAGUUUUUAAAUCGCUAAUAUCCUGAUCAAAUUGAAUGCAUGUGUUUUUUACAUACCUAGUCUGAAAAAAACCCACCUGCCCCCCUCCCUGGCCACUGGAUAGUGUUACACUUGCCUUUGCAUGUGUUUGUGAUGGGUGCCACAGUUGGGGCAGGAUACGCUCACCUUUUUUGACACUGAUUCAUAAUAUAGUAAUAAUAAUAAUAGUACAAUCGACUCAGAUUGUGGCAGUGAUUUCUUGUGAAUAUGGAAAGGGGUCCAUUUAUUUAUUGUAAUGCUUCUCAAUAUUUUGAUGAUAUUUGGACAACAGGACACUUUCCUCCUUCUUGGCAUAAUCCCAUUGUGUUCCAAUAUCAAUACCAGGUCAGAAUCAUACAGAUCCAUCUCACAAUCGACCUAUUUCGUUAACUAGCUGUGUUUGUAAAACGCAUGGAACGCAUGGUCAAAAAUCGACAAGUAUGGUUUACAGAAACCAGUGAUCUUAUUACCAAUAUUCAAUGUGGUUUCCACAAAAAUUGAAGUACAACUGACUGUUUGGUUCGUUAAGAGUCAUUCAUUAAAAAAUUCAUCGUCAAUAACCAGCAUUCACUAUCGAUCUUUUUUUACCUAGAAAAAGCUUAUGAUACAACAUGGCUGUUUGCCUCAUUUUAUAUCACAGUUUUUAACAGACAGGCAAUUUCAAAUUCGUGUUGGAUCAACCAUGUCUGAUCAUUAUUAUCAGGAUCAAGGUAAAUAUACAGAAGGCAGUAGUUUGUCUGUCACAUUGUUUAGUAUAAAAAUCUAUAGUCUAUCAAAAGUGUUAAAUGACUCAAUUGAUGGGUCAUUGUUUUUGGAUGAUUUUAAUAUUUCAAGAGUUAAAAAUAUGCAUAGUAUUGAAAGACAAUUAGUUGUGUCUUUAUAAAAUUCAUGUGGUCACUUGACAAUAGUUUUACAUUUUAAGACCAAUUGUACACAUUUCUGUCGAAAUAAACCUCAUAAAGACCCGAACUAUUUUUGGAUGAUGCUCCAAUUAAGAUUGUAAAAGAAACCAAGUUUUGGGGAUUACCUUUCGACCUUGAUUUGACGUUUUUAACAUAUUAAAUAUCUGAAGACAAAAUGCCUGAAGGCCCUAGAUUAGAUGUAAAUCGACUCAAAUUCACAGUAGGGAGGGGAUCAGUCAAUCCUCCUUCCCUUAUAUAGAUUACAAAUAUGCUCUAAAUUGGAAUAUGGCUCCAUUGUGUAUGCUGGAGCCCGCAAGAAUAAUUUAAAAAAAAAACUCGAUUCAAUCCAUCACCAUAGACUUAGACUAUGUCUUGGUGCCUUUUGAACAUCUAUUGACAGCCUCUAUGUGGAGGUUAAUAAACCUUCUUUAAAACAAUGCAGUACUAAAUUUUGUCUCUUCACUAUAUUACGGAAUUUCGUUCCCAUCCCUCCAAUCCUGCUUAUGACUCCGUCUUUAAUCCCCUCUAUGAAGAACUCUUUCAGAAGAAACCAAAGCUGGUUCCUCCACUUGGAAUUCCGAUCAAAUCUCAUAUUUUUGCUGCCAAUCUAGAUCCGGAUAUUAUCUCUCCUUCACGGCUUUUGUCUACUCCUCCCUGGCAGUUGUUAGACAUUUCCCUGACAUGUUCUAUAAAAACUGACACAAACCAACUAGUAUGUCAACAGGAAUAUGAACAAUUGAGAAAUAAAUACGAUACUCACCAUUCAAUCUUUACUGAAGGAUCCAAAUACGGAAGCAACGUAGCAAGCGCCACUGUCGUUGGAUCAAAAAUUAUAUCAUCUAGAGCUAGAGUACCAGACAAAAGCUCUAUUUUCAUUUAUGUGUGCCAACUUCUUCACCUGAUGAGUUUGAAGCGUGUAUUUUCUUUCUUGUCCUCAGGCACUGAAUGUAUCUCUGAAUCAUCCAAUUAUUUUAGAGAUUUUGGAACUAUAAAUGAUUAAGUCUUUGAAAGGUAUUAAGAAGUGAUACACAUUGGGAAGAGAAUUUAUGGAUGUCAACUUCUUCACCUGGUGAGUUUGAAGCGUGUAUUUUCUUUCUUGUCCUCAGGCACUGAAUAACGUAUCUCUGAAUCAUCCAAUUAUUUUAGAGAUUUUGGAACUAUAAAUGAUUAAGUCUUUGAAAGGUAUUAAGAAGUGAUACACAUUAGGAAGAGAAUUUAUGGAUGUCAACUUCUUCACCUGGUGAGUUUGAAGCAUGUAUUUUCUUUCUUGUCCUCAGGCACUGAAUAACGUAUCUCUGACGCAUCCAAUUAUUUCAGAUAUUUUGAAAAUUUGCAAUGAUUAAGUCUUUGAAAGGUAUUAAGAAGUGAUACACAUUAGGAAGAGAAUUUAUGGAUGUCAACUUCUUCACCUGGUGAGUUUGAAGCGUGUAUUUUCUUUCUUGUCCUCAGGCACUGAAUAACGUAUCUCUGAAUCAUCCAAUUAUUUUAGAGAUUUUGGAACUAUAAAUGAUUAAGUCUUUGAAAGGUAUUUAGAAGUGAUACACAUUAGGAAGAGAAUUUAUGGAUGUCAACUUCUUCACCUGGUGAGUUUGAAGCGUGUAUUUUCUUUCUUGUCCUCAGGCACUGAAUAACGUAUCUCUGACGCAUCCAAUUAUUUCAGAUAUUUUGAAAAUUUGCAAUGAUUAAGUCUUUGAAAGGUAUUUAGAAGUGAUACACAUUAGGAAGAGAAUUUAUGGAUGUCAACUUCUUCACCUGGUGAGUUUGAAGCGUGUAUUUUCUUUCUUGUCCUCAGGCACUGAAUAACGUAUCUCUGACGCAUCCAAUUAUUUCAGAUAUUUUGAAAAUUUCCAAUGAUUAAGUCUUUGAAAGGUAUUUAGAAGUGAUACACAUAAGGAAGAGAAUUUAUUGAUGUCAAUUUCUUCACCUGAUGAGUUUGAAGCGUGUAUUUUCUUUCUUGUCAUCCAAUUAUUUUAGAGAUUUUGGAACUACACAAUGAUUAAGUCUUUGAAAGGUAUUUAGAAGUGAUACACAUAAUGAAGAGACUUUAUGGAUGCCAACUUCUUCAUGUAUCAUGUAACCUCAGCAGUGUUACUGCAGAGGAAUAAACCAACUUGGAUGAAUCCAGUGAGUUGUUUGCAUCUCUAUUAAUUAAAUAUGUUGCGCUAAUCACCUAUGGAUUAUUUCAACACACCAUUGUUAUAUUAUGUUCAUAUUGAUUGUUGAGCUGUUUGCCAUGUUACCGAAGUAAAUGAAUAAGAAACCUUCA